AAUGAACAAAAAUCUGGAAAGGUCAAUCUGAGAAAAGGACAAACAAGUGAAAAAUUCUGGAUCCAAAUAGAAAAAUUUACAGAACAUAUCAAAACCACAAAGUUGUUGAAACAAGACAAAGAAGAUAAUAAGACAAUGGCAUUGGGCACAUCAAAAAUGAAUUACUUGGACCCACGUAUCUCUGUUGCAUGGUGUAAAAA